AUGACGCAGGAGCAGUACAUCCUGGCGGCGCAGCCCAACCCGCUCCACCAGCGGGCGGCGUCGGUGUGCGGAACCCAGGUCUACCCCACGGUGGGCAUCUACGGCUGGAGAAAACGCUGCUUGUACUUCUUCAUCCUGCUCCUCCUCGUCACCAUGAUCGUCAACCUGGCCCUGACCAUCUGGAUCCUCAAAGUCAUGAACUUCACUCCGAGGCAGCCGCCCGGUAUGUACCGAGGAGCUCAGAGGCACACUCCUCUGUACACGCUGUGA